CUGCGCAUUUAAACCGGCGAUCAUUGAGAGACAAUAUUCAUUUUAAAAAAGUGCGUUUAAAUUAAAAAGAAAAUGACGGAUUACCACAAAGACUCUCAAAAAGUUUAUCAUAAUUUGUGUGACUGAUUCAAACAGCAAUGAGUUUUGCUGCAUUUAAUGGGAAAGCAGCGGAGCUCAACGAGCGGGUGUUUAAAUUGCUGGAGUCUGUCUGUAUGCCUAUCAAAGAAAAAGGAACAACUCUUGUUUCACAAGGUAGUGUCCCCUUCUACGACACUUCUCUUGUUAUUCACAAAGCUGAAAAAACAUGGACGGAUGAUACCACAGCUGAAAAAAUAAAGGUACAGCUAGAGCAGCGAUAUCUACAUUACGCAAUAGUUCCCCAAGUGGCCUACUACAGAAAUGAAGAAACCGUCAGUUUUGUCUCACCAUAUUUCCGAGGAGGCAGCUUGGAGAAAGCAAUACAGAAAGAAACGGACAAGAUACAGGACAAACCGACUGCAAAACCACAGACGUUAGAUCUGUAUGAAAAGUUAAGAAUACUUUACCAAAUAUGCUGCGCCAUUAAAUAUCUUCACGAGCCACCAGACCGUGACUGUGACAGAAAAGCUGUAACCCACGGCGACAUCAGCUUGAAAAGGGUUAUUUUGGAUGAACAAAAGAAUUCCCGAUUGUUAUUCUUUACACCCAGUUCUGUCGAAGGAGAUGAGAAGUUUACAAAUGACAAAUCUAAAGAUGUACAAGACUUCAUAAAGGUGCUAUGCGCGGUCUUGAAAGACACUCCUGAGCGAGAAGCUGAACAACUAUUAAAGCUAAAAGCUGAAAAACUAUUAAAGUAUGCCUCAGACAAGGAUGUGACACUGAAAAAGAUCUCAGACAAACUGGAGGGUCUUGUCAGAAGAAAUGACAUCAAAAGGUGGACGCCAUCCCCGGACGCUAAAAAGAAAUGUGAGAUUUGCUGUAUUAAUGAACCCGUGCCGUUUUGCAAGGAGCUUGAUCAUAGUUCAUCCUGUAAGACCAAAAUACAAAUGUGUGUUGGCUGUAUGAGAAACUGGCAAUACAAUCCUGUCAAGUGCCAUAGCUGUGAUCAAGCAAAAAUACAGUCCCCAGUCGGUGAUGGAUGGGGUGCUUUGCUUAUUGCUGGAACAGAUGAAAACCCCAAUGUAACAAAACGAUUUGAAAACGAUAUAGCUAAAAUGGAAAAAAUCAUAACAGAAGUGACGGUGAUGGGUGUAAGAAAGAAAAAGGUCAUCACAGUGAAGAAGUCCACAAGAAAUUACAAAGAACACAUUGAUAACGAGUUCAAUAUCAAUAUCAAUAUUCCUGAUAUAUCCACCCUCGUAUUAGUUUAUUCAGGACACCAUUCUGAUGCAGGAUUCUGGUUAGACUCUGAAAAUAUUAUAACGGAUGAUGAAUUGAAAUGUAAAUUGAAUAAACUAAAUCAUGUUAAGAAGAUCAUUUUAGUUCUUGACUGCUGUUUUCCAAAAGGACUGACCUUGAGCGAUAAAAAAUAUCUGCAGCUGAAUGCCGUUAUCAGCAACGAGAGUGCUUCGUGUGAUACAGAAGGAAGCCAGUUCAUAAAUGAAAUUGUUCAAGCACUGACAGAGCCCUGGACGUGUACGUGUUACAAGAAUACAUCUAUUCUCAAACAUUCUGAAUUACAAGACCAUUUAUCACGACACCUAAACCGACCUGACUCUACAAACCCUUCCGAGCAAACAGACACUCGACGGGAAAUUGACCGUAUCCUGGCGUUUAGACCGGUUGGCUCAGGAUGGCAGGAUGCCUUUGAAAAAAAAAUUCGAGAAAGCAGCCUUAUAGUUUUAAAGACAAGACUGAUCAAGAAUAUACUGCAUAACUACUCAACGCUUCCACUCCAACCAAUUUUGCAGCAUCAAGAUUCGAAGUUGGUUGACUUCUACGAACCUCCACACAUGUCAAAGACCGUCCAGGAGACUGAAGAUGAAGAUAAGAGAGAUGAAGUCAGUAAAACCCGCAAGCCUGGUAAGGAACCCAAGUCGGUUCAAAAGUCUCUCUCCAAAAUUAAAGAAUUGUUCUCUUCAAAUCAAUGUGAAGAUGACAAAAAUCCAUCCUACACAAAUAGAGUAUACAUAUCAGGUGAAGCCGGAAUGGGUAAGACCUCUUUUAGUCAGUAUUUGGCUUUAGCUUGGUGUGCUGUACAUGGCGAGAGUGAGGAGUGUGUGAGAAUGAGAGAGACAAUGAAAAAGUUCAAGUUCUUUAAUGACAUUGAGUAUCUGAAACAAACAAAGUUACUAUUUCUCCUUCAUUUGCGAGAGAUUGUGAACGAAUCUGAUUGCAAGAUAAUGUUGAAAACUUACCUGCAAUCAGAUCUAGGGUGCUCAGAUAGAGACAUCAACGAUCUGUUGUCUUAUAUAAACAGUCCAGAAACCAUCGUACUAAUGGAUGGACUUGAUGAAUGGAAAUGCAAUGAAAAUGAAAUGCCAGAGUAUACUUCAGUAUCCGAAGCUAGGAUUAUUUGCACAUCUAGACCUUGGAAGAUAGAUUCCUGCGUUACAGCACCAAUGCAGGAUUACAACAAAAUAACCAUCACUGGAAUUGGGUUUGACUUUGUAAAACGUCUUGUCCGCAAAGUUACAGAAUGUUUUAGGCGAGAAAAGAAAUAUAAGGUACGAGACAAUUUUGAAGACUUUAUUCAAAUUCUUGGUAGUAAAGAGCUGAAAACAAUAAUUUCUCUUGGCACGUCAGAGUCAGAUGAGCUGCUCAUGAUACCUGUAGUUAUUCUACUGCUCUUGUGUCUCUGGCAUGACGAGAAGGAUUUUGGUGGAACACGUACACAGGUUUAUAUCAAUAUGGCUGAGACACUGCUACAUCGUAUGAAGAAAAAGCAGGGUAAAGAUUACAAAACAACAACUAGCGAUUAUCAGUUACCUGUUUGCUUCAAGAAUGCAAAAUGCUGUGACGAACAAAGCGAAAAUAUUGCAAAGCUAUCAAAACUAGCGUUUUAUUUGUUGUUCACCGGGCCUGCUGAACACUCUCUUCUGUUCUCGAAAGAAGACCUCAGUGGUUUGAAGUUGCCUAAAGGAGAAAUUGAAGACAUGUUUGAGAUGAUAAACCAGUUUUGUUUGACCUCUGGGAUUAUUCAGGGAACAACCAGGAAAUCAUGUUCAAGCCAGGAAGAAUUCUAUAGUUUUAUCCACAAAUCAUAUCAGGAGUUUUUUGCAGCCUUACAUAUAGCUGCACGAAAAUGUGAUGCAAGCAUAUGUGAAGAAAUCAUGAAGAAUACUAAAACUCCACAAAAUGUGAUUGAACUGGCAAACAUCUUUGACUUUGUCUGUGGUUCUGACUCAACCUGCAUAGAAGCAAUGGUCUCAUUGAUAGAAAAUCUGACAAAAAAGCAUGCAAUGAUAACUGAUGAUUUCAUAAGAAUCGGAUUCAUUAUGAGGAUCCAGGAUAUGAUUCUUGACAGCUGUUAUAAGAAUCUCAACGAAGGUAAGGUGUCAAUCAAUCUUUCGAACCUUAUUGUCCGUGAUUUUUGGAACAUUCACCAGGUUUUUUUAAGGGAAAAUCUCAAAAAACUCCUCAGAACAAAGGAAAACAAACUUGAAACGGAUCAUUUGGAAAUUACAUUGAACAAAAAGUUAGGUGUUCUCUGUUUAGAAAGAAUAAACCUAACAAGCAGCAUGGACAUUUCUCAAUUUGACAUUGAAGAGCUUGUAAUGCUCCAUGUAUGCACUGAGUUCGUAAAUUUAAGCAAAAUUAAACAACUUAAACGGAUUAAACUUGUCUUUAAAGAAACAACUAGUUUAUCUGUACCAUUCCAAUAUGCAGAAAACCUCACACAUCUCAAACUGGAAAACUGUUCUCUCACAGGCCCAGUGGAUCUGUCUCAGUGUCCACUGAAGGUGCUGAAUUUGGAAAGCACAUCAUGGGAUGGUCCAUUGAAACUGUCUCGGUGUACUAUGAAGACGCUUGAAAUGAUAACUGUGAUGACGAAAUUAGGAAUAAUUGAAAGCUUUAAGAAAUACAUGUAUUUUUCAAGCGAUUUCACACAUUCGAACAAGCUAAUUUAUCUCAGUUUAUCAAGCCUUUCCCUGAAGGACCCAAUGGACCUAUCCCAGUGUCAACUGAAGCGUCUUUAUCUAUCGCUUGUGGAUACAGAGAGGGUGAUUGUUGGCAGCGUGGAAAAGUGUACUUUACAGGGCAUCAUGUCUUGUUGCUUAAUUGAGUUCACAAAUUUAACCGAACUGACAGAUCUAAACAUGUCGAACUGUUCCCUGGCAGGUCCUCUGAAUCUAUCACAGUGUGCAUUGAAGAGCCUUGAGCUAUCUAUGGUGGUAACAGAGUGGGUUAAUGUUGGCUGCGUGGAAGAAUGUACGGUUAAAAGUAUGUCUUGUUCAAUUCAGUUCACAAAUGUAAGCAAAAUGACAAAGCUGUCCAUGGAAAACAGUUCUCUGCCAGGACCUCUGGAUCUAUCUCAGAUUUCACUAAAGAUACUUGAACUACAUGAUGUUAAAGCAGAUAGGGUGAUUGUAGGCUGCACUGAAAUAUGUAAUUUACAAAACGUGUCAUGUUUAAUUGAAUUCACAAAUGUGAGCAAACUGACAGAUCUGAGAAUGUGGGAAUGUUCCCUGCCAGGCUCUCAGGACCUAUCUCAGUGUCCACUGGAGCUACUGAGGCUUGAUAAUGUGAAGACAGAUAGGGUGAUUGUUGGCUGCGUGGAUACCUGUUGGUUUGUUGGCAUGUCAUGUUUAAUUGAUUUCACAAAUGUGAGCAGACUGACAGAACUGAGAAUGUCGAGCUGUUCCCUGCCAGACCCUCUGGAACUAUCACAGUGUCCACUCAAGCGACUUGAGCUAUCGAAGGUUGAUACAGAGAGGGUGACUGUUGGCUGCGUGAAAGAAUGUACUUUAAAGCAUAUGAAAUGUUUAAUUGAGUUCAUAAAUGGCAGCAAAUUGACAGAUCUGAACAUGUCGGCCUGUUCCCUGCCAGGCCCUUUGGACCUAUCGCAGUGUCAACUGGAGCGACUUGAGCUAUCGAAGGUUGAUACAGAGAGGGUGACUGUUGGCUGGGUAGAAAAAUGUUCGUUUCAGGGCAUGUCGUGUUUAAUUAAGUUCACAAAUGCAAGCAGACUGACAUAUCUGCACAUGUCAUCCUGUUCCCUGCCAGGCCCUCUGGAUCUAUCACAGUGUCCACUCAAGCGACUUGAGCUAUCGAAGGUUGAUACAGAGAGGGUGAUUGUUGGCUGCGUGGAUGAAUGUGGGGUUGAGAAUAUUUCUUGUUCAAUUCAGUUCACAAAUGCAAGCAAACUGACAAAGCUGCUCAUGGAACACUAUUUUCUGCCAGGACCUCUGGAUCUAUCCCAUAUUUCACUGAAGUGGCUUGAUCUAAAUGAUGUUAAAACAGAUAGGCUGAUUGUUGGUUGCGUGGAACUCUGUAAGUUUCAGGGCAUGUCAUGUUUAAUUGAGUUCACAAAUGCAAGCAAAUUGACAGAUCUGAACAUGUCGUCCUGUUCCCUGCCAGGCCCUCUGGACCUAUCUCAAUGUCUGCUGGAGUGUCUUAAGCUAUCGAAGGUUGAUACAGAGAGGGUGACUGUUGGCUGCAUAGAAAAAUGUACGUUUCAGGACAUGUCUUGUUUAAUUGAUUUCACAAAUGCAAGCAAACUGACAGAUCUGAACAUGUCGUCCUGUUCCCUGCCAGGCCCUCUGGACCUAUCUCAAUGUCUGCUGGAGUGUCUUAAGCUAUCGAAGGUUGAUACAGAGGGGGUGACUGUUGGCUGCAUAGAAAAAUGUACGUUUCAGGACAUGUCUUGUUUUAUUGAUUUCACAAAUGCAAGCAAACUGAAAAAUCUGAACAUGUCGUCCUGUUCCCUGCCAGGCCCUCUGGACCUAUCUCAAUGUCUGCUGGAGUGUCUUAAGCUAUCGAAGGUUGAUACAGAGGGGGUGACUGUUGGCUGCAUAGAAAAAUGUACGUUUCAGGACAUGUCUUGUUUAAUUGAUUUCACAAAUGCAAGCAAACUGACAGAUCUGAACAUGUCGUCCUGUUCCCUGCCAGGCCCUCUGGAUCUAUCACAGUGUCCACUCAAGCGACUUGAGCUAUCGAAGGUUGAUACAGAGAGAGUGAUUGUUGGCUGCGUGGAAGAAUGUACUUUACGGGACAUUCCUUGUUUAAUUGAGUUCACAAAUGUAAGCAAACUGACAGAUCUUGACAUGUCCUGCACAACACGAAUCUUGAUGCCAUUUGCUUAUGCUCUCACACUAAAGAAUCUCAAAAUGGCCAACUGCUCCUACUCACACCCAAUGGAUUUAUCUCAGUGUCCACUUGACGAGCUGCAUUUGAAAGACGUGAUAACAGAAAUGGUUAUUGUUUGCUGUGUCAGGACAUGUAUCUUUGAAAAAAUGUCCUGUUCUUUUCUGUUAAGGGAUGCAAAUAAACUCAUCAAUCUCCGUUUUAUUAACUGUGUUCUGACUCAGCCAGUGAGUCUCUCCAAUUGUCCGUUACAAUUUCUUGAACUUGUAAGAGUUGAUAUAAGGCUGUCCAACUUAGGACCACUAGAGACACUGACAAAACUGUGCAUAUCAGAUUGCCGAUUCCUUUCAGCACUGCCUUCUAGUGCCUCAAACCAUGUGCAUGUGAUUUUAGAACACUGCGAAGUACCAAAGAGUAUCCAUUAUCAGUCAUUGAAAACAUUAGAGAUAAAAGAAACUUGUGGCCUGUUGUCAUAUAUUGAAGUGUCGAAAACAUCUAUAAAACAUUUAAUACUUCAUGAGCCCAAAAUAGCCUCGUCCGAGUUUGAGGAGCAGAUGGGGCACCUCUACAACCUGUCCCGCCAGGUAAAGUGUACGGUGAGGGGAUCGUUUAGGUAUUGGAAGAAUAUUGAUCAGGGCAAGAAACUUGCGAAGGCUAUUAAAACAAUGAAGAAUGAUGAUCGUUUUUCUGUACAGUGCCAUAUGGAAUACAUUAAACAUAAGGACAAUGAGUAUUUCACUAUAAGUACUAUACACUAAAGUAUAUCAAGAUAUUAUGGGAAAUCAGUGAGACUGAUGUAUGAUUAACGACGCUACUUCAGAUAGCAAACAUUUUCACCGUAAUACCGUAUAGACUUAAUCUCCACUCUAAAACGAAUUAGUUAAUUCAAAUGUGUGUGUGCGUGCAUAUGUGUGUGCGUGUGUGUGUACCUGUGAAUAAAAGGGUUUCGUACGGGCCUUUUAGUGUUUAAUGUUCAUAAAUUCAGCUAUGAACAUGUGUGAGAUAUAUGACAAAUCAUUUUUUCUUUUGUUAACCUGAUCCCAUUCCGGUUUCUCAUUGGUAACACAUAUGUUUACAUUUAGUUGAACAAAAAUCUUACUACUAACAUAAGAUUAAGUGUAUGAUUUGAUUUUUUUUUUGUAUUUUUUUCAUAUUUUAGCAUUAUUAAAGUGGUUUUGUAGUCUGAAUUUAUUGUUAAUGAAUAUUCUAUGAAAUUACUAUAUUACGAAUCAAUAUUAUCACAAUUUAUUUUCGUAAAUCAUAAAUAAGACGAAUAUUGAUAUACAAAUUCCACAAAUCAGUCGUUAUACAGUUUUGCAAAAGAAAUAUUGCGUUUUAUGCUGCUUUGCAUAGACAAAAGAUGUGAGGUUUUCGAAAGAUAUUGUAUUAUAGACCAGUUGUGUGUUGCAAGGAAAAAAUGACUAAGCUAUUUAAAACUUAUGUGUGUGUGUAAUUUAACUGAAAUUGUAAUAUGUCUUUAGUGUAUGCAUAUAUACAUGUAUAUACAUUAUUUAACGAACUGCACACUCCUAUAAUAUAUCUGUAUAUCACGUGCUUUUCAAAACAUGAUUUCUAAAGCCACUCAGCUUAAAUUCAGAUGCCUUUUUUGUAUAAUUACUCUUUUUGUAUGAAUAUAUAUAACAGAUUGAUUUAUAAUCUUGUACUUUGUAACCCUUUUAAUUCGUUUGAAGUUACAAGUUAUAGCUUGUAGAGUACAGUAGAUUCAUUCGAGGGAUAAGGGCAUGCCCCUUACAUCAGUUUAAUUCAUUAAUUUUUUGUACAUCAUAAGUGAAAUCGCAAUAAUGAAAAGUAUAUAUUCUUGACUUGUACGUGUCAUUAUUGAUUGUUUUUUUGUUGUUAUGAUUUUUUUUAUUUUAAACUUCUUGUAAAUAUUUGGUGGAAGCGCGACCAGUCAAUUAUGUAACUUGGAACUUGUAUAUUAUACCAUAAGAUGCAACUUUGUACAAUAAAUGAAUGGACAUGUAAUAGUUAGUACUAAAGUUACUAGUAUGCUAAUUUCACAUAAUGAAAUCUGUGUAUUAUACCACAUGAUGAAUGUUUGUAUAAACAGAGAAUAGGCUUGUAAUGUAUAAUCUUAAACACAACAUUAUGUUAGGUUGACUUAAUGAGACUUGUUUAUUUCACCACAUGAUGUAUCCUUGUAUUACAAAGAGAAGGCAGUAAUUUAUAAUCUUGAGCAUAUAAUUGGGCCAGUUCCACUUCUGGAAACUUAUGUUUUAUACCACAUGAUGUAUCUUUGUAUAAACAAGGAAAGGGCAUGUAAUUUAUAAUCUUGAGCAUAUAAUUGGGCCAGUUUCACUUCUGGAAACUUAUGUUUUGUACUACAUGAUGUAUCUUUGUAUUACAAAGAGUGGGCAUGAAAUCUUUAAUCUUAACACAAAAUUAUGCGAGUGUCAUUUUAUAAAACUUGUGUAUUAACCCAAAUGAUGUAUUUUUGUAUAAACAAAGAUUGGGCAUGUAAUACUAUAUAAUUAAUGAUAAAAACACACUUAUGCUAAUUUCACUUUAUGUAACCUGUAAAUUUAACCACACGAUGUAUCUUUGUGAAAACAAAGAGUGGGAAUAAAUUUUCUAAUUUGAAUUAUGUAAGUUUCACUAAAUGUAUUUAUUUUUUUCGUACGAUGUAUCUUUGUAUAAAAAAUAGCGUUGGUAUUUUAUCUGUAAAUAAAUUAAGAUAUAAUUAUGUCCGUUUCACUUCAUAAAACUUGUCUAAUUUACCGCAUGAUGUAUCUUUGUAUUAACAAAGAGUGGGCAUGUAAUCUAUAAUCAUUAAAAAAAAGUUUAAACAAGUUUUCUAUCGUGAAAAUUGUUUAGUAUACCACAUGAUGUAUCAUUGUAUAAACAAAGAGUAGGCAUAUAUUUUAUAGUUUGAAUUAUGUCAGCUUCACUUAAUGAAACUUGUUUAUUUUACCACAUGAUGUAUCUUUGUUUAAACAAAGACUGUGCAUGCAAUCUAUAAUUAUUGAUGAAAAAUUAAGUGAGUUUCAUUUAAUGAAACUUGUAUAUUUACCACAUGAUGUAUCUUUGUAUAAACAAAGAGUGGGCAUGUAAUCUUUAAUUUUUGACGUAUUAUAAAGUGAGUUUCACAUCAUGAAACUUGUAUAUUUUACCACAUGAUGUAUCUUUGUAUAAACAAAGAGUGGGCAUGUAGUAUAAAAUUACUGACGUAUGAUUAUUAAGUGAGUUUCACUUCAUGAAACUUUCAUAUUUUACCACAUGAUGUAUCUUUGUAUAAACAAAGAGUGAGCAUGUAAUCUUUAAUUUUUGACGUAUUAUUAAAUGAGUUUCACAUCAUGAAACUUGUAUAUUUUACCACAUGAUGUAUCUUUGUAUAAACAAAGAGUGGGCAUGUAGUCUUUAAUUUUUGACGUAUUAUUAAGUGAGUUUCACAUCAUGAAACUUGUAUAUUUUACCACAUGAUGUAUCUUUGUAUAAACAAAGAGUGGGCAUGUAGUCUUUAAUUUUUGACGUAUUAUUAAGUGAGUUUCACAUCAUGAAACUUGUAUAUUUUACCACAUGAUGUAUCUUUGUAUAAACAAAGAGUGGGCAUGUAAUAUAUAAUUACUGUCGUAUAAUUAUUAAGUGAGUUUCACUUCAUGAAACUUGUAUAUUUCACCACAUGAUGUAUCUUUGUAUAAACAAAGAGUGGGCAUGUAAUAUUUAAUUACUGACGUAUAAUAAUUAAGUGAGUUUCACUUCAUGAAACUUGUAUAUUUCACCACAUGAUGUAUCUUUGUUUAAACAAAGAGUGGGCAUGUAAUCUUUUAAUUGUUCGACGUAUUAUUAAGUGAGUUUCACAUCAUGAAACUUGUAUAUUUUACCACAUGAUGUAUCUUUGUUUAAACAAAGAGUGGGCAUGUAAUCUUUUAAUUGUUCGACGUAUUAUUAAGUGAGUUUCACAUCAUGAAACUUGUAUAUUUCACCACAUGAUGUAUCUUUGUUUAAACAAAGAGUGGGCAUGUAAUCUUUUAAUUGUUCGACGUAUUAUUAAGUGAGUUUCACUUCAUGAAACUUGUAUAUUUCACCACAUGAUGUAUCUUUGUUUAAACAAAGAGUGGGCAUGUAAUCUUUUAAUUGUUCGACGUAUUAUUAAGUGAGUUUCACAUCAUGAAACUUGUAUAUUUUACCACAUGAUGUAUCUUUGUAUAAACAAAGAGUGGGCAUGUAAUCUAUAAUUUUUAACAUAUAAUUAAGUGAGUUUAACUUAAUGAAACUUGUAUAUUUUACCACAUGAUGUAUCUUUGUAUAAAAAAGAGUGGGCAUGUAAAUUAUUAUGCUUAAAACACAAUUAUAUCAGGACCAGUUCAUGAAAGGUGUGUUUUAUUCAACAAAAUGAAUACUUAUUUUUAGCAUGAAUUAUAUAAUCUUUAACAAAAAAUAGUGUUUGUUUCAAUUCAUGAUUUUCUGUCAGUUUACUAAAUGAUAUGGGGGGUUUUCUACGCAAUUAGUGGGUAUGCGAUUUAUAUUCCUAAACUACAGUUAUUAAGGCUUUACUUCAUGGAAAGUGAGUAUGUUACCACAGUAUGUAUGAUAUGGGGGGGUUGUCUACGCAAAUAGUGGGUAUGCGAUUUAUAUUCCUAAACUACAGUUAUUAAGGCUUUACUUCAUGGAAAGGGAGAAUGUUACCACAGUAUGUAUCUUCUGUAAUAAAUAGGUAUGAAAUAUGAAAUAAUGUUAGUAUCACUUCAUAAAAGUUGUGUAUUAUAUACCUCAUUGUGUAUCUUUAUAUAAACGAAGAGUGGGCAUGUACUUUGUAAUCCUUUUAACACAAUUUUAUUACUUUAACUUCAUUAAGUUGUAUAUUAUACCACAUGCCGUAUUUCGCUUAAACAGAGACUGAGCAUAUAAUUUAUAAUCCUUAUAAACAACAUAUAAUUUAUAAUCCUUAUAAACAACUAUGUUUGUUUAACAGUAUGUAUAAUCUGUAAUGAGUGGGUAUGAAAUUUAAAAUAAUGUUAGUAUCACUUCAUUUAAGUUGUGUAUUAUACCUAAUGAUGAUUGUGCAUCUUUGUAUAAACGAAAAGUGGGUUGUUUUUCAAAAUCCUAAAUACCCGACUAUGUUAGUUUGAUUAAAUGAAAUUGUGUAGUGUACCCCAUGACAUAUUUUUGCUUAAACAAAGUGUGGGCAUGUAAGUUAUAAUUCAUAAAGUACAACACUUUGCUAGUUUAACUCCAUGAAACUUGUGUUUUAUAACUAAUUAUGUUGUUUUUUUGUAUAUAUAUGGCGUUAUUUUCUACGUUAAUCAUAAGUGAGUGUUUUUUUUAAUCAAAACGUACGAAUUUAUUUAAUGCGUUUAACUCAUGUGUUUGACUAAUCGAAAUAUUGUAACUUUGAAUGGAACAUACUUGACUGAACGCAAAAACUUUAUGAAUUUAAUGGUGGUUCAUGGCUUAAAUUAUUUUUAAUUAUUUAUGUGGUCCACAUGAAACCAAAUAAGAAAUGGUGUUUAUUAAAUUAAAUUAUAUUUAAUCAAACCACAUGACAUAACAUGACAUAACAAGUUAUAAAUGGUGUUGGAAUAGAUUGGCUCUCGGAAAAUAUUGCAAUAUGAAUUGAAUACUUUGAUGUACUAUUAAUUUAAAUGCUAAAAUAUCUAUUUCGUGUGUAUCUCUGAAAAAUACCUAAAAGGAACACAGUUAUAACAAAUGUUAAUGUUUUUUCGACAUGCAAUCUAAAAUGGAAUGGUAAUAUAUCAAAUGUGUAUGUUUUAGUGAUAUGUAAUGUAAAAUGGAAUGGAAAUAUAUCAAGUGUGUAUGUUUUAGUGAUAUGUAAUGUAAAAUGGAAUGGAAAUAUAUCAAGUGUGUAUGUUUUAGUGAUAUGUAAUGUAAAAUGGAAUGGAAAUAUAUCAAGUGUGUAUGUUUUAGUGAUAUGUAAUGUAAAAUGGAAUGGAAAUAUAUCAAGUGUGUAUGUUUUAGUGAUAUGUAAUGUAAAAUGGAAUGGAAAUAUAUCAAGUGUGUAUGUUUUUGUGAUGUGCAUUGUGAAAUUGAUAUGUAAUAUAUCAAAAAUAUUCAAAAUUAUUCAAAGGAAGUUAUAUAGUUGUCAUGCUGUUGUAACGCUUUUUAUAGUGUAUGUUAACAAAAUUAAUGAACAGUUAAACAAAAUGUACGUCAUGCAUUGUCAUCCAUGUUGCUUGUAAUUAUUGCUAAUAAAUAUUCGCACUCAUAGAA